AUGAAAGAAGCACCACUGCAAGAUGAUGACGCCCAGCUCGCGGCCAUGGGCCACAAGCAAGAGCUGAAGCGUCAGUUCUCGACCUGGGCAAUGCUCGGUCUCGCUUUUGCCGUGUUAAACUCCUGGACCGCCUUGUCGGCGAGUUUAUCGAUUAGUCUUACCUCCGGGGGCGCGACAAGCGUCAUCUGGGGUCUUGUGACUGCGGGGUUCUGCAACUUGUGCAUUGCCUCUUCAUUGGCCGAGUUUCUUUCUACUUACCCCACUGCUGGCGGUCAAUAUCAUUGGGUUGCUGUAUGUUUAACAUCUAUCACCAAUUUGCAAGCAGAUGCUAAUUUUGUAGUUGCUUGGCCCAAAUGGGUCCCCAUAUUGUCCUGGGUUACGGGAUGGAUCAAUGUCGCUGGUUGGGUGGCCUUGGUCGCGACCAACUCGCUUCUAUCCAGCCAGCUGAUUGUUGGAGUCAUCUCAUUGAUGCAUCCGACCUAUGAGGCCCAGCGCUGGCAUCAGUUCCUUAUUUACGUUGGCUUGACAAUGGGCGCAUUCUGCAUUAAUGCUUUCAUGAACUCCAUUCUACCGGUUAUUUACCGUGGCGCAUUUACUUGGUCUAUCGGUGGCUUUGUUAUUGUUUCGAUCACAGUCUUGGCUUGCGCUUCGCCGGAUUAUAACUCGGCUUCUUUUGUUUUUGGAAACUUUGUGAACAGCACUGGAUGGCCUGAUGGUGUUGCCUGGUUGCUUGGACUUCUACAAGGAGGUCUCGGAGUGACUGCUUUUGAUGCUGUUGCUCAUAUGAUAGAAGAGGUUCCUAAUCCAUCUGUUGAGGGUCCCAAAAUUAUGGUCUCCUGUGUUGGGAUUGGCAUCUUUACUGGCUUCAUCUUCCUGAUCGUUCUGCUAUUCGUCGCCGGUAGCAUGGACGCGAUUACCACUUCGGCAGCUGGGCCCCUCUUGCAGAUUCUCUAUGAUGCGACCAAGAACAAGGCAGGGGCUAUUUGCCUUCUGAUGCUUCCUCUUGUAUGUUUGAUUCUCGCUAUUCUCAGCGUGAUGACAACCAGCAGUCGCAUGAUUUAUGCGUUUGCGCGCGAUGGUGGCCUUCCGGCAUCUCGUUUCUUCGCCACUGUUCACCCCACCCUCAAGCUACCGCUGAAUGCACUUAUCCUGACGGUAGUUGUCGUGAUCUGCUUCGGCUGCAUCUUCUUGGGAUCUUCAAGUGCUUUCAAUGCUAUUAUUUCGGCCUCUGUGGUUGCGCUCGACUUAUCCUACGCGAUGCCUAUUUUGGUAAACUGCUUGCAAGGUCGCAAGGCCCUUCCCAAGGGAAGCUGGAAGCUGCCCAAUGCCCUUGGAUGGAUCGCUGACAUCGUCGCGCUAUCAUACAUCGCAUUGACAACGGUGCUAUUUGUUUUCCCUCCCUCUAGUACCGUCACUGGAAGCAGCAUGAACUACUGUGUCGCUGCCUUCGCGAUCAUAAUCAUCAUCUCCGCUUUUCAGUGGAUUGUGGACGGUCGAAAGAACUUCACGGGUCCGCGUAUCGACUUUGCAACUGAUGCUCUCGACACCAUGCCCACGAAUGAUACAGAGACAGCGCAUCACGAGAAGUAG